ACGUUUACACUUCCCGAGCGACUGAUUGGAUUUCCGUAGCGGUGAUGUAUUCCGACAACAACGUCCGACAUUGGUCAAUUCAGUUGUAAGUCAGAAAAAAGCGCUCUCUUAUUGGUUACAACGCCCGAGGUGACGUCAGUUGUCUAUCCGGUUGGAAAAAAGCAGAUUAGCAAUCGUUACAACCGUCAUUCUGAAAGAGGAUUAAGUUGAUGUCGGUGUGAAUUUUAUAUGUCGGUGCUCCAAAAAUGGUACUAGAAACGGAAACGCAGAGACUUAUAAACAUAUCCCUGGGUAAAAUAGCAACGUAUCGUAACCAACGUGGUAAUUCGAAUUUGCAUAAGAAUGUUUUAGUAGCCAACGUUUUGAGACGAGUCAGGAAUACCGUAGUGGAUGAAAUCUGCACGUACAAAGUAAGUGAGGACCAAUCUAUAAACGAAGAACGUGUUUUAAACGGAGAUAAAGACGUUUUAUUAGAGAACGGCAACAUCGAAACUAGGCCUAACGACGUAUUCGGUUGCUUAGCGACACACGCCAGUGAUGUCAGCGAGUCACGUGGUCAGUUGGAUGAUGUCAGCGAUCUCCCCGUUAGUAAUUGCGAAAAGAAAACAGAACAUUCGGAUUUUAAUAUGGACGAAGUUAAAGAAUUCGACGAGAAAUGUCACGUGAGAAGUAGGUGCCUGAAAAGAAGAACGUCGGAAGAUGACGAAGACGACGACAUUGUUAGGGUGAAGAGGAGAAGAGACUGUUACGAUGUUUCUAAUGACUUGACGAACUGGAGAGUUAAAAGAACAAAUUCUAUCGAUUGUGACAGUGAUAGCGAUAGUGAAAGUUACACGGAUACAAACAGUGAUUCCGAUUCCUAUACUUAUUUGGAUUCGCCCGAGAGUUCUAUGGACGUAGAACAAAUCUGUGGAUUGGUAUCAGUUUUCAGAUCUAGUUUUCAAGGUUUAGGUUUUUUAGGAAAUGCCCGGACGGAGCAAAGGAAAAAUGUAAAAACCCGUCCCUAUCCAACGACAAAUAACGAUAUAAGGCAAAAUUGUUUGAGAAGAGGACUCUCUCUACCCGAUUUAUGCGCCAAACAGGCAGUAGAAGGACUAUCUUCCACGCAGUCCUUCAAAAUGUGCACUCCCAUUUUAGCUCUCACAGUCUGAACAAACAGAAAAAAUCAGUAUUUAAAAUCAGGCAUCGAGUUAUUCCAAUCGACCAGUUCCUUGAUGUAAGACUAGACUGAAACUCUUGUACUUAAAAGAAGAAAUCUCAGUUCUAGUCACGAGGAGUUGGAGGGCCCAAACUGUCCAUUGACCAUAUUAUGGAAAAAACAAAUAAUAAUGUUGUUUACUGAUGAUAGUUUAUUUUUUCUCUCGUAUUCGUCUGCCGAUAAUGGGCAGAAAUAUAUGUAUUUAAGGCUUCCUGUGGGGAGCUUGGUUUAUGGUACAUUUGUUACCUUAUCAAUAUCGGUUUAAAAAAAGGGGGAAAACGUCACAUGUACAGUUUUAAUCACGAAUGUUUUUAAACCAUUAUUACUCUUGUGUGAAUGAAAUGUAUUUUUCUGAAGCAGAAUUUAAAAUAAAAGCUACUUUGAUGUCAUU